AUGGGGGAGGGAAUAAGAGAAGAAGUAAAGGAUAAUUGUGAGGAAAAUGUACACUACCUACCUCAUCGUGCACUUAUAAAACCGAAUAGCACCACCAAAAUUAGACCCGUAUUUGAUGCUUCAGCUAAGGCCGAAGGUUUUCCAAGUUUAAAUGAUUGCUUAGAGAAGGAUGAAAAUCUUAUUGAAUUGAUACCAAGCAUUUUGAAGCGAUUUUGGACUGAGAGAAUUGGUGUCGUUUCAGACAUCCUUAAAGCCGUCUUACAAAUCGGACUUACUGAAACUGAUAGGAAUUACCUAAGAUUUUUGUGGCUUAGUGAUGAAGGCUUGAAGAUUUACAGGCAUUGCAGGAUAGUAUUUGGAGUCACCAGUAGACCAUUUCUGUUGUCCUCAACUGUCAAAUACCUUCUGAUGAAUGUUUUGAAAGAAAUAAGGGAACAAAGAUCUACUUAUCCUGAAUAUGUUGUACAAAAACUAAUGAAAAGUUUUUAUGCAGACAAUUGUGUCACGAGUGUCAAGGAUAUAGAAGAAUUGAAUAUGUUUGAAAGAGUUGCUAAUGAAAUAAUGGCAAGGAGAAAAUUCGAUCUUAGAGGGUGGGAGUACACCGACUUAACCGAGGAAACUUCACAGCCACCUACAAAUGUUCUUGGUAUGAGCUGGGAUAAGAAAUAUGAUACUCUUCAAGUGAGUACAGGUUGCAUUAAAGAGCUUAACAUUGAGAAAGUAACGAAGAGAACCAUCCUGUCAGCUGCACAUAGACUUUUUGACCCCUUGGGUAUGAUCUGUCCUGUAACGUUGAUCCCAAAAUUGCUUCUUCAGAGCAUUUGGAAGUUGAAACUGAAUUGGGAUGAUGAUGUUGAGGAAAACAUCAGAAGAGAAUUUCUGAAAUGGAUUGAAGGUGUACUGUAUAUUGAGAAAAUUAAUAUUCCAAGGUAUUUUGGACUAAGUGGAGCCAAGAAGUCUUCCAUUCAUUUCUUUUGUGAUGCAAGUAACUUGGCCUACGCUGUGGUUGCUUACAUUAGAGUGGAGUCUGAGAAUAAUGUACGAGUUCAAUUACUACAGGCGAGAAGUAGAGUAGCCCCUACAGGAAAAGGAGAAAUUACCAUAGCACGACUUGAACUUCUGGAAGCAACCAUUGCAUCUCGUCUUUCAACCCCAAUUUUGUCUGAGUUAACUCAUGAUGAAGUGUUUUUUUGGUCAGAUUCCACAACUGUUUUGGCCUGGAUCAAAAGAAGUGAACCAUGGGCCAUUUUUGUUUAUAAUCGAGUGCGUGAAAUCAGAGAGCAAACUGAUGUUAACACCUGGAGACAUGUUCCUGGAACGAUGAACCCAGCUGAUUUGCCAAGUAGAGGAUGUUCUGCACAACAACUUCUGCGAUUGCAAUGGUCAGAGGGUCCCAGUUGGUUGCACUUACCUCAAGAUUUGUGGCCUUCGUCUGAAGAUGUCGUUAAUGAGGAGGAAAGAAAGGGAGAUCUUUCUGUUAAGGAAUUAGAAGAAGCUGAGAAAACUACUGUAUACUUAAUACAGCAGGAGUCAUUUACAGGAGUUUCAGAUAAACGCCUUAAAACUCUAGAUGUAUUUAUUGAUGAGAAAGAAAUCUAUAGAUUAAAAACAACGGUAUAUAAAAGAGAUGAUUUUGAAGAGUUUAGAACACCUGCUAUUUUACCUGGAGAAAAUUCUAUAGUAAAACGUUUAGUACUGUUUGAAAAUAAGAAAAAGGGACAUGCUGGUGUUUCCUACACAUUGAAUUCUCUUAGAGAAAGAUUUUGGCUGCUGUGUGGUAGAAGAACAGUAAAAUCUGUAUUGAGAUCUUGCGUAGUCUGCAAGCGUUUUUCUGCCAAAUCUGUAGAUCCACCAACUGCAUCACCACCAGCUGAUAAAGUUCAAGAUGCAGCUGUUUUCCAAGUAACGGGAGUGGACUUUGCUGGUCCUGUGAUUUUGAAAGACAAUUCAAAGGCCUGGAUAUGCAUUUUUACCUGUGCCGUUUAUAGAGCUACGCAUCUUGAAUUAGUCACAUCACUAUCAACUGAGGCAUUUUUACUAUGUUUCCAUCGAUUUGUUUGCAGAAGAGGAAAACCUUCGAUUGUAUACAGCGAUAACGGAACGAAUUUUACAGGGAGUGUAAAGGCAUUAUCUUGCAUUGAUUUUAAACAGGUUUUUAUUAAGGCGAGGGAUCAGCAGAUUACCUGGAAAUUCAUACCUCCUAGUGCUCCCUGGUGGGGAGGCUUCUGGGAAAGGCUUGUUGGAAUGAUGAAAGGUCUGCUGAAGAAAACCUUAGGUCGAGAUAGUUUAACAUAUGAAGAAAUGCAAACAGCUUUAUGCAACUGUGAGGUCAUUUUGAACGAGAGACCUUUGACAACUGUGUGUUCUGACGCCAGUCUUACUGCUCUUACACCUGCAGACUUCCUAAAAGAGAAAAAACCCAGCUUUGUUCCGGACAUCAAAACCAAAACUGAUCCCAAUCAUCUGCGAAGGAGAAUACAAUACCUACAAACAAUUAGAGAAGCUUUUCGAGUAAGGUUUCGUCAAGAAUAUUUAGGCGCCUUGUGUACUAGGCAGAAAAAGAACACCUUUCAACCAUUGAAAGUAGGUGAUAUUGUGAUCCUUGGAGAUGAUAACAAGAAAUGGAUCUUAUGGCCACUCGGAAAAGAGAUGGAAACAAUGCCGGGUACUGAUGGAGUUGUACGCCGAGUGAGAAUGAAAACUAAACAAGGAGAGCUAAUCAGAGCAGUACAAAGGGUGCAUCCUUUAGAAAUUUCUUCCAGUGAAAGUUUACCAGUUGCUAAGUGUGAGAAAUUUAUUGCCAAUAACAGUAGAAAGGACAACAUUCCAGUUUCUUUGAAAGAUAAGAGCUUUGCAAAAAUUCCCGUUGUGACUAGGAGUGGACGAGCUGUUAGAAAACCUGACAAACUAUCUUUAUAA